AUGGCCCUUGAGGUAUCGACAGUAGAGCUUCCACAUGAGCAGCUGUCUGACUCCUACCCUUCAAUCACACAGGCCGAUGUAAAGACGGCCGAUCCAGUUUCGAGCUUUCAAGAGUAUUCGGUUCUCGAACAACCUUCCCAGACCCAUCGCCCGCUGCGGGUUAUCACAAUAGGCGCCGGUGCCUCGGCCAUAAACUUUGCCCACGAGAUAUCCAUCUCUGAUCUGGAUGUUUCCUUGACCUGCUACGACAAGAACCCGGAAAUUGGAGGAACGUGGUUCGAAAAUCGUUACCCGGGUUGCGCUUGCGACAUACCAUCAGUAAAUUACCAGCUUUCCUGGGCUCCCGCAGUUUGGACGAAAUAUUAUUCUUCCGCUCCAGAGAUAUUGGCGUACUUUAAGAAGGUGGCGACGGACCAUGACCUGCUCAAAUAUAUGAAGCUGUCACAUCGAGUGAUAGGUGCGAUAUGGGACGAAGAUCGUGGGCAAUGGAACGUUGAAGUCCAGAAUCUUGUCUCAGGCGAGAUUCUCCAUGAUCGGUGCAAUGUCCUCAUUAAUGCUUCGGGCGUACUGAAUAAAUGGAAAUGGCCCUCGAUACCCGGCCGUGAGACCUUCCAAGGCACAAUGCUCCAUUCCGCAAACUGGGACACCUCGGCUGAUCUCACCGGUAAAAAGGUCGCUGUCAUCGGAGGUGGCAGCUCAGCAGUCCAGAUUGUACCCAAUCUGCAGCCUGUUGUCGGUGAGAUGACAUGUUUCUUGCGCUCAACGACAUGGGUGACGGCAGGGUUCGCACAGCGGUUUGCUGGCCCAAAUGGCACCAACUUCGAAUAUACCGAGCAGCAGAAGGAGAUAUUCAAGAACGAUCCCGUGAAGUAUCUCAAGUAUCGGAAGUGCAUUGAGUCCGAGCUCAAUGUUCGCUUCAGGUUCAUCCUCAACGGCUCCAUCGAACAAGCCAAUGCGAGAAAGUUUGCCGAGGAAGAUAUGAGGCGUCGCCUUGCGAAGAAGCCAGAAAUCGGUGAUCUUUUGGUUCCAAAGGACUACGCCGUGGGAUGUCGAAGACCCACGCCUGGGAACGGGUAUCUGGAGAGCCUGUGCGAGGACAAUGUGCACGUGGUGUCAGAGACCAUUUCUGAAAUCACGCCGACUGGCGUCAAGACAGCAGAUGGAAAGCUGCACGAGGUUGACGCCAUAGUAUGCGCAACCGGUUUCGAUGUUUCCUGGAGGCCAGCAUAUCCCACAAUCGGCCGAGAUGGCAAGGACUUGCGCGAGGUGUGGAAGGAGAAGCCUAGGUCAGUUACAGCAGAAUGCAUUGAAAUCCAAGACCGACUAACCGAACAGCAGCACAUACCUGUCAAUUACUGUCCCGGACUUUCCCAACUAUCUGAUCUUCAACGGGCCCUACGGACCUUACGGACAUGGGUCAUUCUUGCCCAUCACCGAGACGCUUGCGAGACAUUUCAUGCUGAUGCUCCGCAAGAUGGCAGGUGAGAGAGUCUCCUCCUUUGCGCCAACGCAAGCUGCUGUCGACGACUUUGCCGAGCACCGGAGGAAAUUCUUGCCACGGACAGCGUGGACUUCGCCGUGCCGAUCAUGGUUCAAAGGCGGGACGGUGGACGGCGAAGUCAUGAUGUGGCCAGGCUCCCGACUGCAAUUCUUCGAGGUGAUGAGACAGCCGCGAUGGGAAGACUAUGAUAUGCGACAUUGUGAGAGGAACAGAUUCGCGUAUUUCGGGAAUGGGUUCGCGACGCGAGAGAGCGACGGGAAGGAUCUGAGUUGGUACUUGGGGCAGCUCGGGGAAGAAGAUGUCCAGCCGUCUUUCACCGACGAGGAUCUCAAAGACUUUAUAGCCACGUCGCAAUAA